CCGCUUCUUUCCAACCUCGCUAAUUCACGCAUCCAAGCAGCUCUCAAUGCUGCCUGGGCUGAUUCAACCCUUCGCAAAUACCGGGGUUCAAUUCACAACUUCCUGUUGUUCUGCAAACAUGAGAACAUCUCACCUCACGACCGCUGUCCAGCCAGCAAAAUUCUGUUAUGCGCCUUUGCCUCUUCAAGACUGGGCUCCCUCGCAGGCGACUACGUUCACAACCACAUUUCGGCCCUUAAGGCUUGGCACGCCUACCACAAUGUCCAGUGGAUGGGGGGCUCACGUCUUCACUUCUUGUUAAGCAGCGUCUCCAAUCUGGCGCCUUCCUCCUCCUUUCGCCCUCCUCGUCCACCAGUUUCCCGCUCAAUGUUGCUAGUUUUAGCUUCCAACCUCAAUCUUGCCAACUCUUUUGAUGCUUGCUGCCUUGCAGCCGCAUGCGUGGCCAUGUGGGGCCAACUUCGCCUUGGGGAAAUCCUCUCCUCUUGGGAACACUCCUUCCAAAGUGCUCACAUCGCGAGCAGAUCCAACCUCUCCCCGCCUAUCAACGCGAAUGGUUCCCGCAAACUGUUCCUUCCAUACACUAAAGUCAAGAAGAAUCGAGGCAAAGAGGUUGUGAUUUGCCAUCAA